GAGCGAUCACCACGGCCUUCAAUUCUGCACCCGCACCAGUUGCGGCCCUCUCCCGCGACUUCUGCGUUCUGACGUCUCACUGCCCGUGGCGUAGGACGUUGGCAGCACGCCUCCAGGCCACACACCAGCCAUGUCGACUCCCUCCACCGCGACUGCCACUCUGCCUCCUCACCACCAGUACUACUCUCAUCACCAAGCAUAUCAGCCUCCCGGAGUCAAUGGCCAGGCUUCGAAUGGCUCGUCGCGGCUAGGGAACUCGCUGUAUAACGGAUAUUCUAGCGGCACGUCAAACUCUGACAUACGACGAACCGCGACCGGGCACCCGAGACAGCCUGCAGCCGCCGAGAUGGCUCUCACCAGCGGCCACGCCGGUGCCAGGCAGGACUCGCGAGGCUCGAAGCGGAACCCCAACUGGAACGAUUUCUACAAAAACGGCGUCCCGAAGGAGAUUAUCGUGAUUGACGAUGACGACGACGAGCCUGCUUCUCGCCCGCAACGCCAGCCACAGGCAGGCCGACCCAUCGCCAACGGUGCCACGAGGCAUACGGACAAGAAACGGAAGACAACCGCUUCGACAGCCUACGAUCCGGUCUACAACCAGCAAACGUCGUAUUCGACCACCCAGACUCCAUACUACGACGAAUCACCAUCUAAUAACACCAUCUCCACCGAUCGGACCACAUCUGCAAUCAACACGACUGCCGCGACGUCUCUUGGCUCCACAGCAAGCAAUGGCACAUAUAUCCCGCCUCUGGAAAAUGGCGUCGUUGGACAGAAGAGGAAACGGACAACUAGGCAAGCAACACAGGCUGAGGCUAAGGAGGCCAGGGAAGCCAAGAGAAGGGAGAUUGAUCCGCAUGGAGAUCCAUUCAGCCUCUACGUGCCUCCGCCAAAUCCGCCCAUCAAGGCCAAGGAGGUCUUCGUCCAGGUUGUGCCUGACAAGUCAUACAUGAAGGACCAGAAAGUUGAUGAUGAGGACGGUCAUUACAUUGUCGUUCCAGAAGCGGAUUUGACAGAGCGAUACCAAAUCGUCAAACUGCUUGGCCAAGGCACUUUCGGUAAAGUCGUGGAAGCUUUCGACAGGCGAAAAGGAACCCGAUGUGCCAUCAAGGUUAUCCGCUCUGUUCCGAAGUACCGUGAUGCGUCCCGUAUCGAGCUUAGGGUUCUCUCUACCCUUUCGUCAAACGACAAGCACAACCAGAACCGGUGCAUUCAUCUGAGGGACUGCUUCGACUUCCGAAACCACAUCUGCAUCGUCACCGACCUCUACGGCCAGAGCGUCUUUGACUUCCUCAAGUCCAAUGCGUUUGUGCCAUUCCCCAGCACUCACAUUCAGAAAUUCGCCAAACAGCUACUCACUAGCGUAGCUUUUCUGCACGACCUGAAUCUCAUCCACACCGAUCUGAAGCCUGAGAACAUCCUAUUGGUGAACAACGGUUACCAAACUUUCACAUACAACCGGACUGUUCCGUCAUCGUCAACCACAAACAGCCGCUCGGCUAGGCAUCGCAAAGUCCUGCUUGACCCUGAGAUACGGUUAAUCGACUUCGGGUCCGCUACUUUCAACGAUGAAUAUCAUUCAUCGGUUGUCUCUACCCGCCACUACCGUGCGCCCGAAAUCAUCCUCAACCUUGGGUGGAGUUUCCCGUGCGAUAUCUGGAGCAUCGGUUGCAUUCUCGUCGAGUUCUUCACCGGAGAUGCGCUGUUUCAGACUCAUGACAAUCUGGAGCACUUGGCUAUGAUGGAAGCCGUCUGUGGAGGCAAAUUGGAUAGGGAGAUAAUACGAGCUGUGAUGAAGGAUGGGAAGGGCUCAUCUCGGAGCUCAAAUUCCGCUACUGCAUACUUCAAGAACCAGAAGCUUGACUACCCAAACAGCGAGACACCAAAGGCGUCGAAGAAAUACGUCAAGGCGAUGAAGAGGCUACAGGUAAUUAGUACCACUAGCAAACCAGUCCUUGACUUACGCCUCCUGCAGGACACUAUCCCGCCCGUCAACGAGUUCAACCGGAAAUUCCUUGAUCUGCUGAGAAAGAUUUUCGUGUACGAUCCCAAGAAGCGGAUAACUGCAAAGCAAGCUCUCCAGCACGACUGGUUCAAGGAGACGCUGAUGGAUGAUGGAACCGAGGCCCACAAGAUCCGUCUUGAGCGCGAGAAGAAGCAGCAGCGCCAGCGAGCCCAAGCAGAGGCCCGGUACUAAUGGAGGGCUACGAUAUUAUGACAGUGUCGACAACGGUGUCGAACGAUCAUCCACUUACCCCGGGCAUGUUGUUGCUGCCUUGGGACAUGUCUCAUCUUCUGCAUUUACGACUAGUCAAUACGAUGC